GUGUGUGUGUGUGUGUGUGUGUUAGAAAAAUAAAGUAAUGAUGAUGAACAACACUGGGUAAAAUCUGCUUUACAUGCAACCGUGUCGAACCAGCCUUCCCUCUCUGUCUUUCCCGUUGCUCCAUCUUAUUUUUCUUUCCCUCUGUUUUCCGAGCCUUCUCCGUCUAAUUCCCCAGGCCCCAGUGCAACCUGUUUGUGUAUUCCUCCCGCUCCCGCCUCCUUCUCCAUCCCACUUGUCCUAACCACCAUUACACCUCUUUCAGUCAUUUAAUUUCUAACCAUCAUUCUCUUGGACCACUCAGGAAUCCCAAUCAAUUUACUGCUGCCCUCAUGUCAAAUAGGACAAAGCUACUGAUGUAAAGCAGGAUGGAUGAACAACUAAAUUUAAAUCGACUUAGCUUUCACAAAAUUAUGAAAACUGGCAAUGCAAUUAAUUUAAUUAUAGAGCAAAAUAUGGAAUCUGAAUAGUUAAUUCCAUCUUGAACAUUGAAAACUAGACAGAUUGAAAUGGAGUUGACUGCAAGGUCAAAAUAAUGAUUUUAAAAGGCUUUGAAGGAAUUUAUCUUAUUGCAGUUGUUUCUCUUGCACCUGUGCUUACAGUUCUUUAUUGGUUUUCCUCAGCCCCUUGGCAAAUACAGCUCCAGAAUCUUAUAUGAAUGUGCUUUCGAGUUUCCUGAGCUCUCGCUCACACCUGUGUCUGAUAAACACUCAGGUGUGCGUAUGAAAUUAUUUCUUGUUGGAACAGAUUUAUAGGUGGCAUGCUCAGAUUGGAUUUGCAGCCUGAGUGGAUUGGACUGUUCUAGAAUUAGACUGAAAUGAAUUAAUUUGACUGAAUCAUAAUUGAUCUGUUCCUGUUUUCUGUGUUUUGCUUUGAGAUGAUGAUUUUUGCUGAGUUGGUGAUGUGUAAAUUAAUGGAAGUAAAUCUGUAAAUUGUUUUACUUAUUCUUACAAAACCUUCAAAUAUUGUCCGGCCUUCAGACCAAUGCCAAGGCAAAGAGCGGCAACAGCCAACAUCCCAGAUAGUUCAAAACUUGACUAGAAUUUAAAUUCAUGCAAAUGAGCAGCGAUGAGGUAGAAAAUUAGCCAACAAAGCCAUAAAGAUGUUCACUAUGGUCUUCUGCCAUGAAGCAAUGUGACUCAUAAUGACAACAGCUGGUGACACUUUGUGUCAUUUCUCAGAAAAGAGAGAGGUACUCAACGCCUCGAUGCCAACAAGUCACUGACAAAUUUUAAAGGCAAAUUAGAUGAUUAUGACCUCAUUAUUCCACUGAGACCGACUUGGACAUUUAACGCAGAACAAAGAAAACCAGGAUAUUAUAAAGGCUAAGCUAAUGCAUUUACAACAACAGUGAAACGAUUCUAAACAUUUAGCUUAAACGCUAUAGGGAGCCUACGUCUCCUCCCCUUCCGGUCGGAAUGAUGUCCCCUAAACAAAAGAAAUGUUAAAGAAUGUAAGUGAACGGGGUUUUUUAUGUUAUUUGCUGGUCCACUUUGCAUUACACACUGAAUCACACACGCUGUACUUCAAUAUAAAUGAUGAAUAAUUAGGUAUGCUUCAACUAUGUUUGUCACGCAACUUAAGAUUUAUUAGCUUGUAAAAGUUUGGUUCCUUGGCGUUUGAUGAUGGCAAUUUGCUGAGAUGCACAUUUGGAGUUCUCCACAUCCUUCCACACAAAACCUAAAAUUACUUUUGCUGCCUGUCAAAAAUUAGCUUUUUCUAGGCAUCAAAACGUGCCUUUAAAAUUCAUGGACAUCAUAUGUGAAAUCCAUGGCACAUAUUAAACAGGAUCACAAAAUAGCUUUUAUCCUCUCAUAGACUCCCAUUCAUUUUUUUACAGUGGAGAACCCAAGGACCUUUAGUAGGCUCCAUAUAGAGCACAGUUAUUCAAAAAGCAUUUAGCUUAAAAUUUGUGCUAUGAUUUGUAGCCAACUAAAGAAGCCUUCAGUCAAGUGGCCAACAUUAGCUUUGUUACAGUUAACAUAAGCUUGUUAUAGCUAACGUUAGUUUUGUUAUAGCUAACAUUAGCUUUGUUAGAGCUAACAUGAGCUUGUUAUAGCUAAUGUUAGUUUUGUUAAAGCUACUAUUAGCUUUGUUAUAGCUAACAUUAGUUUUGUUACAGCUAAUAUUCAUGUUGUUAAACGUGACCAUCCACAAAAAUUAUGAAAUUUACAGCUAACAACAAAAGAAAUCUAUCUAAAACUGAAGCUGUAGCUCAAUAUAUCUUCAGAGAAAAAGGCCAGUGAUUUGUUCCUCGUUUGCACAUUUUGUCAGUUGAAUGCUAAAGCAAUGCCUCCUUUCUUUGUUUCUUUUUAGGAUAUUUUCAAAAAAAAAUUUUCUUAAGUAGUUCUUUUUGUUACUGUUACUGAGUGACUUAUUAAUAGGUAUUAUGUUCAUUUUUUAUUAUUUUGCCAUAUAUGGUCCAAUACCUAGUUUAAAAGUUGGCAUUAAAAUGAAAACUUUAGAAACAUUUCCGGAGCAGUCUAAGUUGUACUCAAAGCAAAUAAAAGAGGACCUUUAAAAUAAAUUACUGUGAUUGAGUCAGUCCCAGAUGAGAAAUAACAGAAUCACCUUCCUUUUACAAACAAACAAAAUACAGCUUAAGUUUUAGUUUGUUUCUCCUGUGAACGGCACUCCCCUGAGCUGUUAGCAAAUGGAGUUUAAACAAGAAUGUAAACUAAAAGCCUCACUGCACCACUGGCAAACAAAAUACAUGAUGGGUAUUUCCGAAAGACACAUUAUGACUUGAGUUUCUUCCAGAAUCUGUGUUUUAGUAAAACACAUUCUGGACCCUUAAGCCACAACAAGCUGCCAGUAGUUUGUAGUAAACAUGACAGUGUUACACAAGUCAGAGGGAACUUAAGGAAGUGACUUUAAUGGGUUUAACUACCAACCAACUGGCUCUAAGUAACUGAGAGGAUCAACUGGUUUAACAUGAAACAAAAGCCCCUCCUGGCACAAACACAUAUUAACUUCAGCAAUAAAAAAAAUUGUUUGUCAUAGCAUCAUAGAGGAGGAACUGCAAAGUCUACUAAAGGAGACUUAUCUUCUGUGGUCUAAUUAGCAAUCAGAGCUGAACAUGUAGGUGGGGUUUAGUCAAGGGAAUACAAACCUAUUUCUUUUUCUUUUACUGCAAGCAAUAACUUUCUUUUCCUAUCCAACUUUCUAUGAUUCUGCAUUUGCAGUCAGACGUAUUAUGCAAUUAUCAAUGCACCGCUUAAGUAUAAUCUUAUAACGACAUCAAAUCAAGACUGGUGUGUCUAAAUAUAUUUUAUAUAUUAAACUUUUUUGUGUUUUUUUUCAAAACUUUGAACGGACUACACAGCUAAUGUUCUAACCUACUUAAACUUAAGAAAGCAACUGCCUGCACAGAGCUAUUAAAACGAUACCAUAAGGGAUAACUACAGCAUAAAUUACAGUAAUUUAGCACAGACACUCUAAUAAUACCUGUAGGAAAAUUACUGCUAUCUUUCAUUAAGAACUUCAUCAAACAAAUUGGAAGAAGAAUUUAAAGGAUUCUCUGUCUAGUUAACUAAACCCAGGAGAAGACGGAAGCUUUCCUAAAGCAUGGCAUACAACUCACUACAUCUGAUGCACUCGACAGCACAUACGACUGCAGAUAUCAAUGAACAUGUCACUGGUGUAAUCCUAACAAAGACGGACUAUAAUAACCUUUUUAAGCACAGCUUGAAUAGAACUGCAUUAUACUGUGCUGCACCUCAGGCGUUCAUGUCAGUGUCUCACAUUAUGAUAUAAAGUGGGUCAAACAGCGCACUAUAAUUUGAGCUGUGGAAUGAUAAUGAUAAAUCAGACACUACUGCCUCACUCAGUAUCAUUUAUCAAAGACUUUUAUGUAGAUCUCAGCAGAUUAGAUAGAAGACUAAGGCCCGGUUCACACGGCAGGGUUUUAAAAUUGGACAAAUCUCUAAACACGAGAGACCGCACACGUGGCAAUAACAACAUUAACAAACAUACCAGUUAUGCGGUAUUUCUGGUUAGGGUUUAUGCAGUGUGUGACCUAUGGCACGCACAAACCUAUUUCAAUCAAGAACACUCCCAGAAUAUACUGGAAAUCUCACAAUACUUCUUGAGAUUAAAUGUGACUUUGAAGUAAACAAACAUUUAUGAUCCAAGUAGGUCCAAUGUCCUUCCAAGCAGACCAGAGCACUCUGAACACACCACAGAUGGCAGGAAUAUCUGAAAAGAUUACCUUUAGAGCCAUUAUGGUAAUUACGAUCGUCAGAAGGAGAGAAUGGGGUAAAAAUAUUCCGAAUAAUUAUCUUUCUAUGUGAGGCGGGCCAAAAAAGAGAGACUGGACUAGACUAAGUAAAGAAGUAAUUCAGUAUACUAUAUGUUUGCAAAUAUUUAAAGUGUUGAACACUCGUUUAAUCAAUACUUUUGUAGUGGUCUCUGGAAUGAAGGCCUUUUAAGUCGUACUCUGGUGAAAAAAAACCUAGAAGCACCUGUAUCAGUACAGAAGAUUUAGUUGGAGGAGAAAUUAGCUUCAAACGACAGGAUUUGGAGACUUAAUUCCUGAUAUUUGGACAUCUUGACUCUGAUUGGUUAACAGCACAACCACUUUACCUCUGACUCCAUUUGCUUUGCAAUGCUGAUGUUUAAUCUCCACAAAUAACUCAUCUGGAGGUGUUCUGCUUUGUUGUGGAGUUGCUAAUGCUAACAAUUAGCUUUUACUAGCUGAGACGUCAAUUGCUGAUUCCCAGAAGUUAAAACAACAGCUUUCCCCAUCGUGAGUCAAUACUGGUGAGUCCAUUAAUGUUAAAUGCCAGGCUUUUAAAAUCCUAGAGUUUCACCGUCUAUUUUCUAUCAGAAGCUAAAGCAGGAGAUCGGUGUAGGAGACUAUUUUCAUUUUCUGCCUGUAUGAAAAACUCAGAGUGCCAGAUUAUAAUCAGGAAUACUCAUUAAAAAAGGUUUUCAGUGUUCCACACCUUUAAAAUAAGCCAAACAAAAAAUAUUAACUGAUCGUGUAUAAAGCUUAGACUGGAAUUAUUUUCUAUUAUAUUUCUAUUAUAUUAUUUCUUUUAUUAUUUUUACAGUUAAAACUGUCCUCUGAUGAUACCCAGGAGUUAGACUACAUCAGUCUUUAAAACCGAUUCAGAUCCUUGGAGGUCAUCUCUGGAGAGGCGGCAGGGGGAGCUGGUGGAGCAGCUGAACUUGCUUCCAGAGCCCCAAGGGCCGCCUGGGCCCCUCUACAGUUGUUCUAUGUUGCAUGCACCUGUUAACAACUGGAGAAUGUAACGUCUUUAGAGGGUUUUGAACAGGUCUGAAUGAGCUGCAGACUGCCAGUGAAAGCUCCUUUUAAAGUUGUAUGUGGCGCAUUCAGCGGGUGAGCGGUGGUGACUCUUCUGUGAGAGAACAACCCAAAGGUAAUAAAUGCUAAUUAAUUGUUAGGCAUGCCUCUAAGGCAAAUAAAAAUCUUUGGUCAUGAAGACUGAAUUAAAACGCAUCAAUAUCAAUUUAAGCAGCAGUGGCUCCCGGUUAGCAGGCCUGAAGGAAACUUGUCUUUGACCUCCAAAUCAGAUCGCUGCAAACUGGAGUUAAUGAGAGAGUCUUUAUUUAACUUUAGCCUGCACACUGUGAAAUGAGUUGUGUGCCUGUUUGUCGCUUGAGCAUAUUAAUCUAUUUCACUUUAACAAACUACUGAUGAAGUACCUUACAUGUAGUAGCUACAUGUAACUCUUUGAACAACCUCAGUUUGGAGAAAUGACCUAGUCACAGUGGAGCCUAUUAUAGAGUGGAUUUCUGCUGUUAACAAGCAAAUCCAGGCAGAGAAAAUGUCAUAUUGGUUUAGGUUAAAAUGAUUAAUCCCUUUUGACACCAUCAGUUUUACAUUAUUUGGUUAAUAUGACAGAAAUAUUAUGAUAUUUCAACUAGAACUGCUAAAGGCUAUAGCGGCAGUGCUACAGCAGGCUAGCUAAGUUGCAAAAUUUAGCAGGUUAACCCCCACUCCCCACUGGGAGCCUCUGUGGUACGUUACUGCAGAUGCGCGGUGAAUUCACACUGAGAUCGGGUCGGACACGGAGCGACUUGUCUGCCAUCCUCCUCACUGGACUUGAGAAAUCACAAAAAUCACGAGAACUGACGCUUUAUUCUCUGACGCUGUUAUGCUGUGGUUCUCCUCCACCAGGAAAAAAAAACAUGUUUAUGCUGAAAAAACAUAUUGUUGCUCUCCACAAAAGACAAAAGAAGUCUUUUACUUCAAUAUUCACCAGACGCUUCACACCGAUACCAUGUGUGAUUUCCUGUCUAGCUCUAUGUUAACUAUAGAGAUUGACGUGUCUCAGAAGUGUGUCGUGGCUAAACUUAAACCCAAUGUGUUGAGGCGCGGCUAGGAUGCGCCUUAAACUUUCCGCACCACAUCCAGUGUGGAUCAAACCAUAGACUAUUAUUUUUUCUGCAUACUUAGAUUUUAACUCAGCCCUCUAUUAUGAUUUUGUCAUUAUUUUUUGAGUUUAUUAUGUAAAAUCAACAUGUUAGAUUUUACAGUGUAGACUGACAUUAAACCCAUUAAGGAGCAGGUUCUUUUCUACAUGAUGUGGGAAAUUUUCACCAUCUUUGGCUGCUGGUUUGAAAUUCACUCACUUUCCAUCUGAAGGGCCCCUAAAGCAGCACAUGGGGGCCCUGAUUGUAAUAUCACCAAAAACGUAUGGCUUGUUGUGUGUGGCAGGAAGUUUGAGAGCGCACCUGUCACUCUAAUGUGGGAAAGUUGUCAGUAGUUGUUUGUCCGUGACGGCCCUCUGAACCUCUGUAACGGCGCUCAAAGAGCCGCUGAAAGGAGGGGCCCCACCACACACACACACAAAGAGAGGGAGAGAGAGAGAGCAAACAGCGCUCGCAUCCUCAGCGCGAGACUAAGGAGAAGAUGAGGAGGAGGGCAGAGCGCGCGCCAGAGGCGACACCUGUCAAGUCCUUACUAAACACACUCGGUUUAUUAAAAACAGACCGGAGACUUCGGGGGAUAAACGGAGGUGGAAGCUGGAACAAGUCGCACAUUUAUUUUCCACUCAGGAAGAGAGGCGCAUCUCUCUGAGGAGAGGGAGAACGGAUGCGUUGACGUCGCGUCAAUUCGUCUCUGAGUUGAAGUACAAGUUGAUGCAGAUGUCGGCUGAGCGGAGCGCACUGACAGCAAGAGCCGGGAGCAAAGAGACGCUGGCAAAAGGAGGACUUUACCUGCGCUUAGCCUCAUUCACUGACUCAGUCACACAGACACAUCUGAGCCGACGUUAGAGGGGGACAACACAGGGUGGGAGUUGGUGCGGAGCUCCAGUGCGGACAGAUCUGACCAUCCUCCCCCAUCCUUCACCCGGCUGUAGAGGCUUUAGGUCGAAGCCUGCAGAAAUAUCUGCCAAAGUUGACAGGAUGAUAUGAACGAAUGCCCCGAGGGACGCGAGGAGGAGAGAGGAGAUAAAAAGGCAGAUGAUUUCUAACCUGUUGAAACAAACAGUGGUGAAGGAAAAGAUCUACUUCUUCCAGGCGGCGACAAACUGAACCGCAUCACGGUGCAGCUCAAAGUGGACUUCAUGCAAAACCAUCUGGGUUUGCUGCCUUUGAGGAUGAUUCGUGCGCCCUGAAAAGGAACUAAUCAAACAUUUAACAGAGAAGAGCGAAGCUGAAACUGAGAGUAUCUCUCUCUCUCUCUCUCUCUCUCUCUCUCUCUCUCUCUCUCUCUCUCUCUGUGAAACUAAGUCUAAGUCAGUCAUCUUGCCUGAGUGAACUUCUCCAUCUUUCUGUUGACUAUCUCCAGAGAACUGUGGCAUCGGUGUUGUAAAACUCGACAUCAUGGAACCUUAACAACAGAUCAGACUCUAAAUGAACUUGUUUCCUGCUGUUGAAAAUUUGCUCUCAUUUCUCUCCUCAUCAAUUAAAUCCCCUACCUACCUUUUUAAAGGCAAGUGUAGCAAGACACAACACUAUUUUGCUUGACCAACUUCUUGCAUGAGUGUCCAGGAUUGCUUUUGACUUCCAAGAAGGCCCCUCGAGCCCUGAAAUAUCUUCUGACUGUCAGCCCAACUGUAGCAUUUGGGUGUGGAGGGGUGGCUGCAGAAUUAGGCCUCUGGACACUCACUGAGGAUGACUUAAGUUGGCAGGCCUAAAAGCCCCUUACCCAGAGAGAGAAAAAGAGCUUGGCAGCAGAAUACACAUCUGCACACCACUCACAAAUGUGGAUGCCGUGGCGGCUUUGAGCCAUGCUGGUGCUGCUACUUGUACAGCCCUGGAGUGAAGGCUAUCAUCAUCCCUAUCAUCAUUCACCCAAGCUGAGGAAGAUUCAACAGCCCGAAGGAAAGAGGCUACACUUCUGAACGAUUCAAAGAAGGCUGUGAAACUGCGCUAACACGGAGAGAUCCAAAGCUACGUCCUCAAUCACACGUACAGACACUAAUACGCCGCUCCAGAAAUCCUAGAAACAAGAAAAACAAAGCUGCGGCGGACGUGAAAAGGCAUCGAGACUAAGCAGGAGCUGUGCACCAACAUGGCAUCAGAGAGUCUUGCCGAGCUUCGUGAUUGGCUCUUCCUGCUCCUUCUGGUCCUCACCUUAUUGGCUGAGGUGCUGGAGUUGGCGGCAGCAGCCAUCGCCAUGGAGACUGGAGAGGGAGACGAGGGCAUCGUUUGUCCCUCUGUGUGUCGCUGUGAUGAGGGUUUUGUCUACUGCAACGAUCGUGGCCUGAGCAUAAUUCCUCCGCUACCUUUAACGGCUGCAAUCCUCUACUUACAGAGCAACCGGCUAAGUAACGCUGGGCUGCCUCAGUCACUGGAACGCAGUACUUCCAUACGAGUGAUUUAUCUGUAUGCCAAUCAGUUGGAUGAGUUUCCUAUACACCUCCCACCGUCCUUAAAGGAGUUGCAUUUGCAGGAUAAUAAUAUACGAACGUUACCCAGAUUGGCUUUGGCAAAGUUACCAUUACUAGAACGUUUACACCUGGAUGAUAACUCUAUAUCUACAGUAAGCAUCCAGGAGAGAGCUUUCUCUGGGACUCCACGGCUUCGACUAUUGUUUUUGUCUCGAAAUCACCUCUCAAGCAUCCCUGCAGGCCUACCAGCUUCACUAGAAGAGUUACGACUGGAUGACAACAGAAUCAGCACCAUUCCUACACAUGCUUUUCGUGGGCUCUCUUCCUUGCGACGCUUAGUCCUGGAUGGGAACCUGCUGGCCAACACGCGAAUCGCAGAUGACACCUUUUCUCGUCUAGCCAACCUGACAGAGCUGUCACUGGUCAGGAAUGCUCUACAGUCUCCACCGGUCAACCUCCCCUCAGCCCACCUUGUGCGACUCCAUUUACAAGACAACGGAAUGACCCACAUCCCAAGGGGUGCACUGGAUGGGAUGCGUCAUCUACAGAAGUUGGACAUUUCGGGGAAUAAUUUGACCAGUCUCCAACGAGGACUUUUAAGAGAUACCGAAAGCCUGGAGCUGCUGUUGCUGCGAGGAAACCCCUGGUACUGUGGAUGCAACCUUCGCUGGCUGCAUGCCUGGUUGCAUGGAAGAGGGUCAGCAGUGACAGUCAGGGGGCUAACCUGUCAGGGGCCUGAGCCUGUAAGGGGCCAGGUACUCCGAGACCUGACAUCACUGAUGGAGCAGUGUGAAGGCCCUCCAGCAGGCCCUAGUCCUGGAGCAGGGGUUAAUCCACCAGAGAAAGAUGGAGGGGAAGAUACUGUUGAAGGAAGUCAAGCAGUUUCCCCAGGCAGCACCACCACCACUUCUCUGUUGGUCCCCACACAAGGCUCCCUUUUUACUUUGAAAGCCAAGCGACCUGGGCUUGUUAUGCCUCUUCCUCGAGGAGAGGGUGGACAGAUAUCAGGAGAGGCCUUGGAGCUGACUUUAAAACCUCUCUCUUCAGACAGUGUGCUGGUGAGUUGGUUGUGCCCACAGCAAGCCCCUUCCUUCCGCCUUUCAUGGUUGAGACUGGGAAGCAGCGCAGCUCUUGGUUCUAUAACAGAAACUUUGGUUCCUGGAGAAAGGAGGCAAUAUCUCCUUACCCAGCUCACCCCACGUUCCCAUUACCUCAUUUGCUUGCUGCCACUAAGACAGGAGGCCUCCCUUGGGGGCUCCAGCAUGGGUUCCUCUAGAGCUGGCAGCAUGGACACAGACAGCAAAGACUCAUCCCCGGCUUGUGCUCAAAUAGAGACUGGAGAGGCUGCGGUCAGCACUGGGGGGGAGGGGUCAGAGAAGGAGGGACAGGAAUCAGAGCUAACAGCUCUGCCACUGGCUGGGAUUAUUGGGGGUGCCACAGCAUUGGUAAGCCUGCUCCUAAUCUUUGGCAUCUUCUGCUGGUACGGACAGAGAUCAGGUUACAUGUCUGGGGACACAGGUUCAUACAGCAGAGGCCGGGGAGGAAAACAUUAUGAUGACUAUGUAGAGUCAGGAACCAAGAAAGACACAUCCAUCUUAGAGAUCAGGGCCCCUCCUGCAGGGUUUCAGAUGACAGCUAUGGCCCACCAGGCCCUGCAGCCUAAGCUUGAGGAUGUCACCUAUAUCCACACCAUUUUCCCAUCCUCCUCCUCCUCUUCUUCUCAAGCUAAUGGGACCUACCGGAGCAACCAUGGAGCUGGCAGUCUCAAUGGCACCAUUCUCAGCCAAGCCAGCCACCAUCAUGUCACUUAUGGUACCAACCGUGGCUACAGAGAGGCUGGCAUCCCCGAUAUAGAUUAUGCCUACACGUGAUGAUACAGGGACGGUCUUUCUGAGCCAACAGAGCCCCCUUGGCUAGUGGCAUUUUGUCCUUGGUUUCCAAAGUACCCUCUGUGCCUCUGCUGGUUUGAUUCUGAUUGGUUUGCUUAGUAGAUAGGGCUGAUUUCAGCUCUAAUUGUGGGACAAUGCUACUGAGUGACAGAAGCAAGAGUGCCACUAAACUCUUCUACUGUAUCCUACAAAGUACAGUAGAGUCUUCUUUCAGCACUGCUUAUAGUUAUAAAUGGUUAUGUUUCCUCUUUUGGAUUUCUCAGUGUCUUUGAAACCGACUGCUCUUCUCAGCUCAUAAUACUACACAGUAACUUAUUUGAGGUUGAUAUACUAGGCUUAGCUGAUUUAGCGGGAGAUAUAUUUAUAAUAUGAGGAAAAGGCACUUGAUGUGUAUAGAGAUAGCACUUGUAUCUUCCUACAACUGUAAGCUCUGUGCUGUGUAGAUAAAAGGGAUAACAGAAGGAGAAAUCAAUGGUUGUUAUAACCCACAGAUGACAAUGCAUCAUAGCUGACAUGAAAAGAUGUGUUCCUAACUCCCUCCUUUCCUCUGGUUUACUCCCCUUCUUUUUAAUUUCUCCAUCUUUCCACCUCUUUUUUCAUUUUUUUUCCUUUGGAGCUGAGGCUCUUUUCCUUUUAUUCCGCUCGUGUCUUUUGUGGUGCUGUGAGCAGAGGACGACUUUGUUCUCGCCAAGGGAGCUGACAGCAGUGAUAACAGCUCUGACAGAGACGGAAGACACAAACCACAGCAUGGGGAGACUAAUGAGUGGGAAAGAGCGAGAGAGAGAGAGAGUGAUGGAUAGAUGGGUGGAAAGAGAGGAAGAACAUAAAAGGAGACGAGGGGGAGCAGAGAGGGGUGCUGUUUUGGGGAUGUGGUUUCUGAGAGAGGUGUGAGUGAUGCUGAAGGCAGAGUGAGGAUAGAGAAGAAAGAAAAAAGAGUUAAGUUAAAAAAAACUGUGAGUGACCAAUGAAGCGGCAGGAGGCAAAAAAGACAACAAAAGGAAAAUAAAAUAGGGGGAAGAGGGCUGACAACUGGAAUAAUGUGGCAUCAUCUAAAAAAGGGAUGAAGUUUUGCCCACGGUGUGUCCACUGCACUCAACAAAUAUGAGUGAUAAUAGACUGCAUGCUAUUUUCCAAGACUGUUUGAGUUGUCUGUGAUUAUUAUGAGUCAAAUGGUUCAAUAAAUAAUACAAAACAAGGAAGACAGACACAGCAAGACAAUCAAAAGGUAAAAUGUUUGCCAAGACCACAGGACAAAUUACAAGCUUGAGAACGGUAAUUAAAAAUAAAAAAGUUCAUUUCAGAAUUCAGCAGCAGAACUGCAUGAACCCAGUUUUUACCGUGGUUUGGUCUUAUUAUUAUUAACUCAUUUUUGCAAGUGAAGUGAAAGAAACUAAUCACAAAUAUUUUAAUAGUAUCCCAUUUUUCUUGAAGAAGAAGGCUAAAUGAUUUUAAUGGAAAAUUAAUUUUAGCAUUGGAAGAAUUUUUUCUAAUUAUUCUUUCCUAAGUCGUAACAUUUUACGUGUCCCAGUUGAUUAAAAAAAGUUGGAUGUUACUGUUUUUUAGAAAUUAUGUGAAGAAUCAUAUAAAUAUGAAAUGAUCCAUCAUAUUAAAUGUGAUUUUUACAUUGUGAUAUUUAUGUAUUGAUAUGUAGUGAUUGGAAAUUUGGAUUUACAUGAAACCAUCGACAGGAAAAUGUAUUUUUGAUUAUUUAGGGAAUUAAAAACAAUAUUUUGUUGGAUUUUGGAAGCGGUCCCAUAUAAUACAAAAUCUAUUUCACUCUGAUAAUUGGAGUUAAUUUAUAAACAAUAAUCUCAAGAUGUGUGUUUUUAUUCAUUUAUUCUUUCAUUUACCUUUUUUGCAGAGAAAGACACAGGUCAAAGGAAGUACAACUGGCUUUAUGUGUCUUAGAUGUUUUUCACUUUUAUCCUGUGCUGUCCUGGGACCACAUGGCUAAAUCAGAAGACUUAAAUAAAUUAUAAAGUUGCAGUCUCACAAGUUUGUAAUUGUCUCAUUGUCACCAGCCCACCCAAACAAACCAUUAUAAGCUCUAUUCAAGAGGAAAUUUAUAAAAUGAAAUUACAUUUAAAAUGGGUUUAAUUAUCUAAUCAAAGCUGAUGCAGUGCUGGCAGUAAAUUCUAUUUGUUGACUCAGGUUGUCCAGUUUUAUGGCCUUAGCACAGCAUAGAUGCAGUUCUGUUAACAGGGAUCGCAGCCCGACCGCUACACUGUGCAUUUCAACACGGCCACGAGAAAGCGGCACCUGCUCUCUGACUGCCUCUCAAUGACCCCACUAACCAACCCUCACCGAGGAAAGACUUCAAUAGAAAUUUCUAUUUUAAAAGAACGGACGGAUUUUAAAAAGGGAGAGAUGAUAAAACCGACGGAGAAAAGAUAAAGAGAGAGGAGAUGGAGGUGAGAUUUAGAUAGAGCCUUUUAAUGUUGAGACCCAUUCUUUCUUUUAGCGCUACUUUGUCUCUUUUCCAGCCUGUGUUACUGUGUGCCAACAAUAACGAAGGAGCUCCAGUGUGUUUUUUAUUUACUUGUUUCUGUAAUUGUUUAUUUGGUUUCUGUUUUUUACUUUAAGAGCAGUGAAACUACCAUCUUUUUUUUCCAGAAACCCUUUCCUUUAAGGGAAAAAAAUCUCAUCCUCAGAUGUGAUAAUGAAAACACUCUUAUGUAUAAACAUAAAAUUGGGUGGAAAAUGCUGUUUCAUUUAUUGGUCUGUCGUCUUUUUUUUCUACGCAGAUGAAUAAAGACUUCUGAAAGGAAAAA